UAUUCUUUUAAGUAAUGCUAGCUCCUUCCAUUGUGCUUUAUACCUGAGGAGGUAACCAAAGCCGUUCACACCCUUCUCUCUUCUUCAAAACGCACCCUAUUCUCCCCUAUUUUGCAUCGCAUUUGUUCUUGAAUCUCUUCAGUAUUCCUUCUCAGAGCCUCUCAUCAGAGAGAGAGAGAGAGAAAGUGAGAGAUGGAGAGAAUGUUCCCUCCAAAGAAGCCCUCAACUAUGAAUUCUCAUGACAGACCCAUGUGUGUUCAAGGAGACUCGGGUCUUGUCCUCACCACUGACCCAAAACCUCGCCUCCGUUGGACUGUUGAACUCCAUGAACGUUUUGUCGAUGCUGUUACUCAGCUUGGAGGCCCUGAUAAGGCUACUCCUAAAACCAUCAUGAGGGUUAUGGGUGUGAAGGGUCUCACCCUUUACCACCUCAAGAGCCAUCUUCAGAAAUUUAGGCUUGGCAAGCAGCCCCACAAGGAAUUCAAUGAUCACUCGAUUAAGGAUGGUAUGAGAGCUUCGGCUUUAGAACUGCAACGAAAUACUGCUUCCUCUUCUGCCAUGAUUGGCCGCAACAUGAAUGAUAACUCACACAUGGUUGAUGCGAUUAGGAUGCAAAUAGAGGUGCAGAGAAGAUUGCACGAACAACUUGAGGUUCAAAAACACCUUCAGCUGAGGAUUGAGGCUCAAGGGAAAUACAUGCAGAGCAUAUUGGAGAAGGCUUAUCAAACACUUGCUGGUGAGAACAUGGCAUCUGCGGCCAGUAACUUAAAGGGUGGUAUCGUACCUCCUCAAAGCAUUCCUGACAUGGGGGUGUUGAAGGAGUUUGGUUCCCCUCUUGGUUUUUCUUCUUUUCAAGAUCUUGAGAAUAUCUAUGGUGGUGAGCAAAUUGAGCUUCAUCACAACAUGGAGAAGCCACCCCUUGAUCAUGGAUUUAUGUCGAUGAAUGAGAGUUUGUGUUUGGGGAAGAAGAGGUCUAAUCCUUACAGUGGGAGUGGGAAGAGCCCUUUGAUUUGGAGUGAUGAUCUCAGGCUCCAAGACCUGGGAGGGCCAGCCUCAUCUUGCCUUGGCCCUCAAGAUGACCCUUUCAAAGGGGACCAUAUUCAGAUUACACCACCAGGAUCAUUGGAUAGAGGCAGCACCGACAUUGAUCCCAUGUCAGACAUCUAUGACUCAAAGCCUGUGCUUCAGGGUGAAGCUGUUGUCGGGGAGAAAAAGUUUGAUGCAUCUAUGAAGCUUGAAAGGCCAUCACCAAGAAGAGCUCCUCUUCAAGCUGAAAGGAUGAGUCCUAUGAUCAGCACUGGUACAAUGGCACAAGGUAGAGGCUCACCAUUUGGGUGAGUAAGAAUCAUAGUUUUACUUAGAUCAUUUGGUUAUGUUAUGUGUAAUUCAUGACUUGAUGUGAAACUCUCUUAAAUAGUAGCAUAGGGUUUUUGAAUUUGGUCUUGGAAAUCAGCAGUUCUUACGAGGGUUAUUUCCUCCCUCAAGCACUGUUGUCUGGUAUAAUGCCUUUUGCAUGGCAAAUCAAACCAAAGUCUUAUUCUGACAAAUAUAAUUAAAGCACGCAUGAAUGUGCUUGAACGUGAGCAUUCUCACUUGUAGUAGCUUUUACAUUGAUGCUUAGUAACUGGUUUAGUGUUGAGUUUUGUUAACAAUUUUAUCAAUAUUCAUCUUCUUUUGCUGAUGAUCACCUGUUAGAUCUGCAUGUGUUGUUGGGAUGGAUGAGAUUGGAAGCAAGCAAUAAACUUUUCUUCUUUU